CGCCCUCUCACCCCGCUGCUUCUAGGUUCUGGGAAGAUGGCGAAGGUCUCAGAGCUUUACGAUGUCACUUGGGAAGAAAUGCGAGAUAAAAUGAGAAAAUGGAGAGAAGAAAACUCACGAAAUAGUGAGCAAAUUGUAGAGGUUGGAGAAGAAUUAAUUAAUGAAUAUGCUUCUAAGCUGGGAGAUGAUAUUUGGAUCAUAUAUGAACAGGUGAUGAUUGCAGCACUAGACUAUGGUCGAGAUGACUUGGCAUUGUUUUGUCUUCAAGAGCUAAGAAGACAGUUCCCUGGCAGUCACAGAGUCAAGCGAUUAACAGGCAUGAGAUUUGAAGCCAUGGAAAGAUAUGAUGAUGCUGUACAGCUAUAUGAUAGGAUUUUACAAGAAGAUCCAACUAACACUGCUGCAAGAAAGCGUAAGAUUGCCAUUCGAAAAGCCCAGGGGAAAAAUGUUGAGGCCAUUCGGGAACUGAAUGAGUAUCUGGAACAAUUUGUUGGAGACCAAGAAGCCUGGCAUGAACUUGCAGAACUUUACAUCAAUGAACAUGACUAUGCAAAAGCAGCCUUUUGUUUAGAGGAACUAAUGAUGACUAAUCCACACAACCACUUAUACUGUCAGCAGUAUGCUGAAGUUAAAUAUACCCAAGGUGGACUUGAAAACCUCGAACUUUCAAGAAAGUAUUUUGCACAGGCAUUGAAGCUGAACAACAGAAAUAUGAGAGCUUUGUUUGGGCUUUAUAUGUCGGCAAGUCAUAUUGCUUCUAAUCCAAAAGCAAGUGCAAAAACGAAAAAGGACAACAUGAAAUAUGCUAGUUGGGCAGCUAGUCAAAUAAACAGAGCUUAUCAGUUUGCAGGUCGAAGUAAGAAGGAAACCAAAUAUUCUCUUAAGGCUGUCGAAGACAUGUUGGAAACAUUGCAGAUCACCCAGUCUUAAGGUUUCAAAAACUCUUUGACAUUAGAUUUCACAACUGCACAAUUGAACUUAUUGGCCUGUAACUUAUUUACUAAAUGCCCAGUGCUGUUUAUAUACUACAGUGAUUUUCUGUUAAGAAGGCAGUUGUAAAGAAUGUGUUUAUAUAAACCUAAAAAUGCCUUUUACUGCUAAGUGGGAAGAUGGGGGAAAUCCAUGGAAGAGAGAUUUAAGACUUAUUGAUUGUACAUCAGUCUCUUCAUAUCACACAUAUAUAUAUAUAAAACUCUAAUGUAGAAUAACCUUGUUAAAUAAACCAUGAUGAUUUAUUAAA